UUGUGGAAAUUCGGGACUACCUACACUCUUACGGGAAGAGAAGAGAGAGGGAGAAACAAUAUACACAGAUCAACGCGCACUCUGGGACUUCGAAGCCUCCAGUCCGUCACUGUCGAGCGAUUUUUCGCUUCUGGGGAUACAGAAGGGGAGGGGAGGAAUUUGUAAAUACCCGUCAGCUGACCAGGGUAUCUCUAACAAGAAAGACGACAUCGGAGCACGACGUUCCAUCCGAAGCCACGACAGUGAAUCCCUCGUGAAGGAGGCGGUCAGGACGUGGUUUCGUCUGCACUCCGCGCAUCUCAACGCCGUCGAGCGAUACAUCGUGGACGAGAAACGAAUACGUGGUGGGGGAGAUUCCUGUAGAUGCCCGUCAGCUGAUGAGGAUGCCUCGGAGAUGUCUUGCGGUUAGCAGCGAACGACGACGACGACGACGACGAGGAGGGGGAGGAGGACGAGGCGAUAACGUUGGAGAAGCGUAGACGUCCGAGGGUUGGUGUUCGGGCAGCCCUGCGAGGGGUGUAAGCGGUGAUCGAGGACUCGAGGAUGUUCUGCGCGGAGGGAUCGUCGUCGAAGGGCAGCUUCCUGCAGCAGAAGAAGGCUGCGCGUGAGGAUCGGGCGCACGAGAAGCGCCGGGAAGCUGCAGCUACCCUGAUCCAGGCCCAUGUCCGCGCCUGGUUGACCCGUGUCCGGUUUACCAAGCGGAUACUAGAGGAAUUUGAUAACAAUUUCCUUGAUGACGCCGGCGUCGAGAAUGCGACGGUGGAAUUGAAACCUGCUCUGGAGGUGUAUAGAAUAAUUUCUAGAUUUUUGAUAAUUUAUAAGAAAGAAAGGGAUCAAGAGAGAAUAGAGAGAUUGUGUAGAUACCUUGUACUGACUCUCGAUUCCGAGUCUCCAAAGAUAUCUUAUGUUGGCGUGGCGCUGAAUAAGGAUCACUACAUAUCAUGGAUAUCGCAAAUGAAGGUAGUUUUGUAUCAUUGUCUUUCUGGCUUGGACAGCCUGAAACCGGAGAGGGUAUCAGAUCACAAAUCCAUACUUUUGCGACUGCACACGCUGGUAAGUUUCACGUCGCCGAACACAUGGGCCAUACAGAAGGUAAAGGGCAUGGACCAGCUAAAAACCGGUAUGAGUCAACUGUGCGCCAACAUAAUGGGUCAUUUAGUUAAUAAUGGAUUCUAUGCUACCAUGCAGGCUCUCUUAAUGAAGGGAUUGGGUAGAGCAAAAAUCGCUCUGAAACCAGUUACACUCUCAGCAGCGGUUACUCUGACAUUGAGACCACUGAUCUCUUCGCAAAUGUCUGACAAGCUGGUAUCUUUGUUCCUAAUUAACAUCUUUAGCGUGCCAGCUCUGGUCUAUCACCUCAAUACCUUGUCACCAGAGUGCAUUUCAUCGUUCAUAACGAAUAAUCUCUUUGCAAGAAGUUUGGAGUUGCUGAAUUCCGAGCAGAAUUUGAGGAUUGUCUUUAAUGCUCUGGAGGGCAGUUACGCACUUUGUCUGCUCGCUAAUUUGAUACAGUUGGCGAACAUUGAAAGGGAAGAAGUACUAAAAGAGCUGUGCUUUCCUUCUUUUACGUUUGUCGUGACGAGAAUGUUGGAAGCAUGUCAACAAUACGUAGUCGCCAAACGGAGUAAUUUGACGCAUUGGCAUCCAGUGUUAGGCUGGUUCGCACAGACGAUUGAUACCUCAUUGCAGGAUGCGACUCCUUCGGUGAAGUUGCAACUUGCAUGUCUUUGGACAGGCAGGAUUGUUACGCAUUUAAUCGAGCAGCCACUAACUGAAUUUGUUGAGAAAGAGGUACCUUCUCCAGUAGAGCAGCAAAGUACCUCUUCCAUAGGCGCCAAUAUUUUCCGACGAGCAUUUCUCGAGGCUCGCACUAAUAGAAACAACAGCACCAAGAAUUACAGGAAGCUUGGCAGUCCAGAAGCUACCAAGAUAGCUCUGAUCUGUUCUCUAUAUCAAACGGCGUUGCAUACGCUCACGCAGAUGAAAAUCGAAAUAUUGACGGGACUAUGCUAUCAAGGCAAAAUUCUAUAUCACAUGUGGCUGUUUCUGACUACCCUGGGACCGCACUGUGGUCUGAAAGCGUUUUUAGAUCUCUUGGCGGCUAACACUAAAUGCACGGCACCCGAGUUCCAGAUGUUAAUAUUGUUCGCCGAUUGUAUGACUCACUAUGUUACUAUCUUGGAUGACAUGGAGAUGUAUGAGCAGCAAGAUCCUUUCAAGCUCACGGACUUCAUCUCUAUGUCAUACUUUUUAAAUCAAUUCUUGUACAAAGCUGUUCUCACUAAUUUAUUCGAUGUGAAAUCAGUAUCCAGUAAUCCUCUGUUUAUCUCACUUUACAUACUUCUAAUGGCAAUUUAUCGACGUGAUUGCCGCAGAACAUUCUGUCCAGAAGGUCACUGGUUAGCCAAGGAAGUACGUGUAUCUGGCUUUUUGGCCGAUUUGGAAAAGGGACGACGUGGCGCAGCGCUUUUACUCUCAAAAAUGCCUCAUGUUAUCCCUCAUUCCGAACGAGUCGUAUUAUUUCGCAAGCAUAUAGCUGAUGAGAAAGCAGUGAUGGGUUUAACCGAGAGUGCUUGUAACAGUCCACCGACCACUCUCAUCGUCGUACACAGAACACGAAUAGUUGAAGAUGGAUAUAGACAAUUAGCCAUGUUACCGUCGCAGGCAUUGAAAGGUGUAAUCAGGGUACGUUUCGUGAACGAGCAAGGUCUAGCCGAGGCCGGUAUUGAUCAGGACGGAGUUUUUAAGGAGUUCUUAGAAGAGACAAUAAAGCGAGUAUUUGACCCAUCUUUGAAUUUAUUCAAAGCCACCAGCGAAAACCGACUCUACCCAUCUCCCACGUCUUUCAUGCAGGACAAUCACUUACAACUGUUUGAGUUCGUCGGACGGAUGCUCGGCAAAGCGGUUUACGAGGGUAUCGUCGUAGACGUGCCUUUCGCGUCAUUUUUUGUCUCCCAAUUUUCUGGGCAAACAGGCGGCGCGUUGUACAGCUGGCUGGACGAACUUGCCUCGUUAGAUCGCGAUCUCUAUCGUAGCCUGACUUUAGUGAAACAUUACAAGGGUGAUAUUCGUCAGUUAGAGUUGACGUUCUCCCUCGACGAAGACGUGCUCGGCAAGCUAGUCACGCACGAGCUGAUAGCUGGCGGGCGCACCACUGCCGUGACCAAUCAGAACAAAAUUCAGUAUAUCCACCAUAUGGCGCACUACAGAAUGUAUCAUCAGAUCAAAGAGCAAACAACAGCCUUUAUCAAAGGAUUCCGCUCGAUUAUUAAUCCCGAGUGGCUAUCGUUAUUUUCAACACCUGAAUUACAGAGAUUGAUCUCGGGCGAUAACGUACCUUUGGACUUGCGAGAUUUACGAAGACAUACGCAAUACUACGGUGGAUUUCAUGACAGUCAUCGAGUGGUGUGCUGGCUGUGGGAUAUCCUUGAAAAGGAUUUUACGGAAGAAGAAAGAGGCUUGUUCCUAAAGUUUGUGACGAGUUGCUCGAAGUCACCUUUACUGGGUUUCGCACACCUAGAGCCACCUUUCUCCAUACGAUGCGUGGAAGUGUGUGACGAUGAAGACACUGGCGACACUAUUGGCAGUGUGAUCAGGGGUUUCUUCACGAUUCGCAAGAAAGACCCACAGAAUCGACUGCCCACUUCGUCAACGUGUUUCAACCUGCUCAAACUGCCGAACUAUCAGAAAAAAAGCACGCUGCGAGAGAAGUUGCGCUAUGCCGUCACCAGCAAUACCGGUUUUGAACUCUCCUAAGUGUUAUUGAUCGCGCAUUUUUCCCCAGGAGAAAAGUAACGAUAGCGAAGGAUUGUGCAAUUUGUUGGAACAUUGUGCGCGAGUUUUCAACAGUUAGAACAAAAUGAAAUUCGAUCAGAUUACGCCGUGAAAUUUCGCAGGGAUGAAAAAUCGACUGACACGAUUGAUACCUCAGAUUCGAUGCAGUCUAAAGUGAUGUCAAGUGAUGCCUAAACCGCCAUUAUCCCUAUCCAGAUAUAUUGCAUAAUCUACAGCCUGAUUAAAUGUCGCCUGUUGAAUUUUAAAUUACACGAACAUUUCAGAUUCGUCGGAAGUUUCUUUGGGAAAACACAGUAACCUCAGUAUUGUGCGGGGAUUAAUGGUAUCGUGAGCAACAUGAAAACGUACAACAUAAAGGUACACAAUAACGAGUUUUGCGAAUAAAUAACUUAGAUACACAUAUACGUAUAUAUAUAUAUUUAAAUAAAUUUUAUCGUAUAACGAAAAUUAAGUAUUUUAGAGUGAAGCCUGUUUACGACGUUUGUUUCUGCGGUUCGAUAUAUUCAUACAGGCACACACUAUCAAUUUGAAGUACAUCAUACUUAUGAGCUUAAUAUCGCUGAGAUAAUUGUGCGCUUGUUAGUGGAUAGAAUCGUUGAUCAAACAUUACAUUAAGAUUGGAGUGGCAAACAUUUAAAUUUAUUUUCAUAAAUAACAUUCGUUAUUUCAUUGAUCAACUUUCGAAAAUUAAAUUAAUAAGCAGGAGAAAAGAUCACAUCCAUAAUCACGUUUCUGAAAGUUUGUAAUAUCUUACAAAGUUAUAAGUUAUUAAAUGAUUUAUUAUUUAUUAUUUUUAGAAUUAUUAUUCCGUUUUUUAGAAUAAUUAAUUUAAAUAAUUUAGGUAUUUUUUUAUGAGUUUAUACUUUUACAAAAAAAUUUUUUACAUAUAAUUUAAAUUUUUUAAAUCUAGAAGUUAUAAAAAUAAGAAAAUUAAUAUAAACAUAUUUUUUAAUUACUAUGUUUCAAACAUCAUGGACAUGAUCUUUUAUAAAAAUUUCAAAAGGUUGUGAUCUUAUACUGUUUUAUUGAUUUGAUUGAAUUUGCAUUUGCACUUUGAAAGAGGUUAGCCACUGCCGUAUUAAGCAGAGGAACAUCCUUGGAGCUGGGGAUGUCUUGUCGACGAACCAGCGCGCGUGCAAAAUAAAUCUCUGUGAGCAAUCAAAAAACGACUUGCGAAUUUCUAAAAGUUUUCCCCGACAUGAAGAGAAAAAUCAACCGGGGAGGAAUCGUGAUUCUAUUUUAAAAGCUAUUUUCUCAAGAUUUUUGUACGGACUAUUGGCGCGACGUGCCGUCUAAUCGAUUUAAUACGAUCUAAAGGUACAAUUCCCACGGGCGCUCGCGGAUGAGAAGUCCCCGGGGUUCGUUCCGAUUGAAGGAGAUUAUUUCAAUAUUCUCGUCGUACUUCACGCAAUUGAAAAGUUUUCUGAAUAUCCGUAAUAAAAAGCUGGUUGAAUAAUAAGAGAUUAGAGAAAAGUGGGAAAGGUGAAAAACAAAAAGAAAUGUAUUUUCUUAAUUUUGGAAUAAUACAUAUUUUUCUUAUAUUUAUCUCUAGUAAAACUUAACCGUCGUGACAAGUAAACGAGAAAUACUUUGGUAAAGAAACUGAAGUGCAUGUAGGCAAAUGGAAUUUAUUGUACUGAUAAUUUACAUUAAUAUACAUUAACGAUUAAAUUUUAUCUUUUUAUACUUUUACAUUGCAAUUUAUUAUCGCAAUUGUUAACCGUUGAGAUUUUUAACGAAUAGUCCAAUUGCUUAAACAAUCUAAUCUUGUUUGACUCAAGUUUGAUAGAGUGGUGCGAGAUUUUUUUUCAAUCGGCGUUACAACAUGAAGUCGACGAAGGUUUCAUCCUUUGAUUGAAAUUCGCCGUGAUCGCUACACGUGCAGAACAACACGUAUAUGUGUUUAUAAAUAAAGCAGAAAAGGAAAAGAAUAUAAAAAAGAACUGCGAUAUUCUGCGCGAGAAGCGAAGCCUCUGUAAUGAUGUAAUAUUAUUAUUGCUCUUUCCUUUCGGGACGCGUUCUUCUGGCGGACAGUGCAAGUAGCAUUGACGGUGGGGAAUUUCGAUGACAGACCAAAGAUAAGGGCGAACGAUUCGUGAGAUGUAAUCUUUGCAUAUUUUCCUACGUGAUUAAGCAUUCAUGUGCUGUAAACCUGCGUUCACGCAAUCGAUUUAGAUCGACGAAACGCAAUUAAAGUGCAAAAGAGGAGAGGCAUUGGAUUAUUUUUUGUAUGAUUUUUAUUUUUCGAGGAUUAGGUCGACGGACAACACAAAGAUUCUCCUUUCGAACCGUGUAAAAUAAUAUCAUUGACUUUUUUAAAACCGAUCAUGUGCAAUACAAUUCAAUUUGUGCAAUAUCUAUUGGUCUCGACGGAAUAUACAAUUUAAUUGACUGUUAUUUUAUUUACAUAAUACAUUUACAUCGACGCCAUUAUACUUGUAUAAUGUUACCGGUGGGUGUUGUGUUGGCUCUAUUAAAGACAUUGCGUGAGCGUGGGAUUGUGUACGUUUAUUAAAAUGGAGCAGCGAAUACUUCCAUACAUGGGUAUAUAUCGUCGUAAGAAAAGCGAUAAACUUUAGAGGACGGCUAUCAGUGUAAGUGUAGGCUUAAGAUUGGCGUGAUCCAGCGGGAAAUUUUGCGAUUGUAAGACGAUCUCUGCGAUAACAAAUUGUGCAUUUACGAGAUUUAAUAAUUAACGAGACCGCAAGAUACUCUUUAUCGCGAAAAAAAAUGGCUACGGAAAAGCAGGAAAUGUAGCAACGCGCCGUGAAACGAGUUUCUCUUACAAUUGCAAAGCAGACGAAGACGACGGAUUGUGCAAAUCGCUCGUUUCGGUUACGCAACGGCCGCCACGCUCGCUCGUUUGUAAUCGAUGGUUUUAAAUUAUUAAGAUUCUGUGUAAUAAAGAGGGGAGAGAUUCUGUAUAAGAACGGGAGAGAUCCGCUAAUUUCAUACGAUGAAGAUUGGCAACAAUCGUGUAAAUAUAUACACACGUCGCAAAA